AUGUCUUCGGCCGUAUCAUUCGAAACCAAGUCGACGACUGCGUCAAAGAGCAGCUCGUCGCUGGGAAGCGACAAGCGCCAGGUGGAUCCCAACGUGCUGGCCGCUAUCAAGCGCGCUGCGCCGCCCAAGCCCAAGGUAUUGCUCCCGCUGUUGCGACUGUUGCUCUUCCAGAUCUAUUUUCUACCUACGUCGUUGAUCACCAUCCCGCUCUACAUGCUGCGCUGCCUUUUGCCGCGCUUCCGUCUGAAUCCAAACUGGGGCUUCAUCUCGGCCGUCUACAUCAUGGUGGUGCGACGUGUGAUGCGCAACCUUAUUCGGUUUGGCGUGCAGCCCAUCACGCCACGCAAGGGCGGUCUUCGCGACCGCAAUACGCUCGUGGCUACUGUGGUUUCGUGCCUGAACCUUUCGGGGCCUGGUGGCUCGGUGGUGCUCGCCAAGGAAAACAUCAAGGCUCUCAAGCUCAACGCUUUGCACGGACGUCCCGACAAGGUGUGGAUCCCGCCGGCGGGUCCCGAGUACCUCGACGGCAUUCUGGCUGUCAAGACCGGUCCCAACGACCGACGAAAGAUCGUCACGGACGCUUACACCGGCCCACCUUUGCUGGAUGCAAAGUGGCUCAAGUGGAGCGUACGUGCGCUGUGGUUCACGCACAAGCCUCACACAGUGCCUCCACAGCCGCGCUCUGCCACCAAGCUCCAGCGUCCGGUGAUCUGCUACUUCCACGGUGGCGCGGGUGUCACUUUCAAUGCGGGUGACUUGCACAUGGGCCAGAACCUCGCCAAAACUUUUGCUCGCUCGGCGGGCAUCGAUGUGUUCUCGGUCGACUACAACCUGGCUCCCUUCGCGCCUUCGCCAGUGCAGCUGUACCAGGGCGUGUCGGCGUAUCUCUAUCUCAUCAACGAGCUGGGCUACGCGCCUGAGCAGAUCUAUAUUGGAGGCGAUAGCCACGGCGCGUGGAUGACGCUGCAGCUCGAGCGCUACCUGCGUUCGUACAAGCAUCUGCUGUUUGACAAUGCCGAUUCGGUCAAGUUUCCAGGUCUGGUGCUACUCUCGCCAUGGCUCGCACCCGAAGACUUGUCGUUCAAGAGCCGCGAGGGCAACGUCGGGCGCGACAUUAUCAGUCUUUCCUACGAAGAAUGGGGCGUGUCGGCACAGGGUCUCAAGAAGCUUCCGUUCCCGUUGUCCGACCCCUGGUGCACGCACACUAACAAGACGACUGCCGAAUUUGCUGCACUACCACCGUGCUUUAUCGCCAAUGGAGGAGGCGAGACGCUGCUCGACGAGGGUCAGCACUUCACCAAUUCGCUUCGCAAGGCAAAGGGUCUACCCACUUCGACUUCUAACCACAGGAUCGUGUUGAGCCCCGGCGAGCUCAACUGCAAGGUGGUGCACCACGUCUUCCCAGAUCAAGUUCAUGAUUUUUACACUGUCGAUACGGAAAUCUCCAAGGCUGCCAAGGUGUACACGCAGAUUGGCACUUGGAUCAAGUUUACCCAGACCCUUGUCUGA